CCUGACUGCCAGGGUGAUUCCUACGGUUACUAAGGGCUGCUUCCUAUACUGUACGCUACCGUGAUCUGUGGAGCAACUGUUUUAUAACGCUUGGAUAAAUAACCGACCACGUGGAUGAUAUCCCCGCCGACAAAGGGUUGAUGUUUCCUCACCGGGUGCCCCCUCCGCCCCUUUCAAGCCUGACUGCUGACAGCUCUCCACCUUUGUGCGUCUCCUGAGUAUUGAUCUCCCCAAUCUGGACAAGAUCAGCGCACACGGUCCCGGCGCGUCAGCCAGCGGUCGGGCUGAGCACCUGGGGCCCAUGCCCAGGCAGGAAAGCGUCGCCAUGGACACUGAGUCCACAUACUCGGGCUACUCCUACUACUCUGGCCGGUCCCGGGGGUCACAUCGGCAUGGAGAGAGAAGUCGGGACCGGCACAAAUCGCGCAGUAAAGACAGUCGCUCAGAGAAGUCUGUCACCAUCAACACACCACCAGCCGAACCACUGCUGGGGGACUCUUCUGUGCGAGGAGAGCCCGUCCAGGAUGACAAUUGGGGCGAGACCACCACUGCAGUCACAGGAACAUCGGAGCACAGUCUGUCUCAGGAGGACAUCGUGCGGAUCACUAAGGACCUGGAGGAUAGCGUGGGCCUGGACUGCCGGCGCUACUUCACCCUGACUCUGGCUGUGAUCCUGGGCUUGCUGGUCUUCCUCACCCCCCUGGCCUUCCUGGUUCUGCCCCAUGUGCUGUGGCCGGAUAAGCUUCAGACCUGUGGGACAGCGUGUGAGGGGCUGUUCAUCUCCGUGGCCUUUAAGCUCCUCAUUCUGCUGCUGGCUGUGUGGGCGCUGUUCUUCAGGCCCCCGCGCGCUGGACUUCCUCGCGUGUUUGUGUUCAGGGCCCUGCUCGCGGUGCUGGUGCUGCUUUUUGUCGUGUCCUAUUGGCUCUUCUAUGGAGUCAGGAUACUGGACACACAGGAUGAGAACUACCAGGGGAUAGUGCAGUACGCUGUGUCUCUAGUGGAUGCUCUGCUCUUCAUUCACUACCUGGCCAUCGUCCUUUUGGAGCUCCGUCAGCUUCGAACGUACUUCUCUGUCACUGUAACUCGGUCAACAGACGGAGAGACACGCCACUACAACCUGGGGCAGUUAAGUAUCCAGCGGGCAGCUCUGGCCAUCAUCGAACACUACUACUGCGAUUUCCCUGUCCACAACCCAGCGCUGCUCUCCGCCUCUAAGUCCAGAGCAGCCAAACAUCUAGCUGGCCUCAAGGUCUACAACGUGGAUGGUGAGUUCCCUGCAGCCCAAGGAGAGGGUCCAGGAAACAAUGCGGCUGCUGCAGCUGGUUUGGCCCAGUCUCAGUCCAGAGCCAUGAUCGCUGCGGCCGCCCGGCGCCGUGACACUAGCCACAACGAGCUGUACUACGAGGAGGCGGAGCACGAGAGGAGAGUCCGAAAACGCAGAGCACGCCUGGUGGUGGCAGUAGAGGAGGCCUUCACCCACAUCAAGCGUCUGCAGGAGGAGGAACAGAAGAAGUCCCCAGGUGACGUGAUGGACCCUCGAGAGGCGGCACAGGCCAUUUUCCCCUCCAUGGCCCGAGCUCUGCAGAAGUACCUGAGGACCACCAAACAGCAGCACUGUCACAGCAUGGAGAGCAUCCAGCAGCACCUGGCCUUCUGUAUCACCAACAACAUGACUCCCAAGGCGUUUUUGGAGAGCUACCUGAGCCCUGGUCCCACUCUGCAGUACAGUAAGGACCACUGGCUGUCCCGGCAGUGGACACUCAUCAGUGAAGCCUCUGUGACCAGCGGCCUGAAGGACGGGUCUGUGUUUCUGCUCAAGUGUGUGGACUUCAGCCUCGUAGUGACCACAAAGAAAAUCCCAUACAUCCAAAUGUCCGAGGAGUACAUUGAUCCCAAGUCUCACAAGUUUGUCCUGAGGCUACAGUCUGAGACCUCUGUGUAGGAUUUAACACUUUCUAUGUCACACUGUCUCGUUUUGACCAUUUCUUUUUGGAUUUUUUUAUAUUUUAUGUAUGACUCUUUAUCACACAUUUGAAUAUAUUGAUCUUAAAAAAGACCAUUAAGGAAUUUGACUCCACGGACUUGUAUUUAGGCGUGUAUGCGUGUGUGAAUGUAUGUGCAAGGGUGCCAUUUUGUUGUCAAAGCUGAUAUUUGAAGGGGGAACAAGACAUUUCAUGAAGACUUCUAUUUAUCCUGGCUCAAAACCACUUAGGAUUUUAAACCAUGGAUAACUUUACAGACUUAACCACCAGAUUUGCUGCAGAUUUGACUGUAUCUUUUGGAUGUUUUUCACUUUUCAAACCAAAUGACUACAGACUCCACAGGUAAAACUUCUCUUCACUGUCCAGCUUCAAAUGUAGCACCACCUUGUGCUUUUCUCCAAGGCCAAAGUCAGACUCUUUAUUGCUGCACAAUCUUCGUUCAGGUGCAAUGAAGCAUAUCGAGUCAUUUGUUAAACAGCUGAAUGAACUCCCAAUGAACCAUAUGAUAAGAGACAGUUACAUACCAGGACAAGCACAGCAAAAUACACCCCCAGCUUUCAUGUGGACUGCUCCGCUGAAAUGAUAAAGAGAAGACUACUGGGAAUCUAUGAGACUCUACCAACUUAAAGGGCCGAUAUUUUCUGUUCUGUAGUAUGUUAUAAUGUUGUUUCCUCAUUACAAACAUACCUGGAUUUGUGUUUUGUUUCAUUCACAUGUUUAACACACAAAACUGCAUAUUUAGGCUGAGUUCUUUUCUUAAACAGAAAACAGACUAAUUAGGGACUCAAACGUGUGAAUGAAACAAAAGUCAACUCCAGGUAUGCUUUUGAUGAGCAUUAUUACAUGGCUAAAAGUUCACAGGAGAAUAUAGGACCGUUAAAUAAAAAUACUACUGAUUACUACACCUGUCCCUAACAGCUCCAAAAGUCACUGUUAACAAGGCUGUGUGGUCAUGAGCACAAACAAAGCUAGUGCAAAGAACUGCACCAUCUGGUUUCCCCUUUAAAAUCCAGGGCUCACCUUCUGCAAACAGCAAAUUCCUGCAGGUCAAUCCAUCUACUCACUCAAGUCAUUUUUUAUCCUUUGCAAACCAUUGUAAAGUCGGCCAUGUUGACAAAGCACAUAUAAACAUCACACCUAUUCCAUUGGCUGAUUUAUUUUAACAGUUUCUGUAAUGUUUAAAGGUGCACUGUGUAAGUUUCGGGGAUGAGGGUCUGUUACUAGGGAGAUGUUGUUGCUUUGCCUGGAAUUUUUCACAGUAUCUUAUCUAUUUUCAUGGAGAUAAGCGCCAAGCCAGUGUACAGGUCAGAUUUAUGGAGAAAUUGGCCUGUUAAAAAAGUUCAAGGCAUUGUUUUAUUGUAAAAAAAAAAACAAAAAAAAAAACAAUAUAACUGUGGUACAUUUCAGGAAAAAAAAUCUCUAGCAUAUCUCUAUGGACACAACCAGGUGCUGGACUCUUACCAGUUACAUAGUUACAUAGUGCACUUUUAAGAUAAGAAAAGAAUAGAAUUUUGUAAUGUAUGGUCAUGAGCUGAACUGUCCCAUAGUGCCCUCUGGCUGGUGGAUUCGGUAUUACUCGACUGCCUCAAUUCACAGCACAAUUUAUAUGGCUUUCACUUAGAUACCUUUACUCUUACACAUAUUCGGUAUAUCCAACACUUUUGUGAUGUAUUUGCAAUGGCAGGGACAGCACAGAUCUCUCAAAAUGCCUGUUACCAAUCAGACAGAUUUUGUACUUACCGUCACUUGAACUUUGAAUGAACUUCAGCAGCUCCCAAUGUGACCGUGCCUCCUGUUUUGACACUGUAUCUAUUUAUGUAAACAUGCAUGUGCGUAUGGGAGUAUGCGUGGUGCGUUCAGAUGCCAUUCCCCAUCGACUCUCACUUUUCAUCUCUGUUUCGUCAGUCGGGCCUGGGUGUGGACAUGACAUUGCAAUCUCACUCAUAUGGUUUUCACAGCGCAAGUAAAGAAUUUGUAAACAAAAAUCUGA